UUCAUCUUCUUGCUAAUUCCUUGCAAGCUGACAAAGAUUUGCUGUUUCUAAUCAAAACCAGCACUAUCAAAACACAGCAGUUUACUUGCACCAGAGGAGGUAGCGUAGUAGCACUUUCUUCCUUCUUCCUUCGGUAGUUUCCCCCGAAAAAAAGGUUGCGUUUUUUGGAUCUUUUAUGGCAUUUCAGUCCAAAACCAAACGUAGGUCCUUUGCUAGGUCCAUUCCGACCGCCGCUGAAAAAGAAUACGGUGAAAUGAGCAUAUCCGAGCUAGUUACUGUGCUGCGUACUGCGUACAAAACUGAGGAUUUUGAUAAAAUUGAGCAAGAGUUGGUAAAGAGGGAAGCAAAACUUAGGGCGGAAAUUGGGCCACUCAGGGAAAAGAUGAGCUGGAGAGGCUCAAUAGAAUUGAAGUCGAAGGGAGACUGAGACUCAGAGAGGAGCAAUGUGAAAAGGGGAAGAGAGCCCAGGAUAAUUAUGAGCAGUUGUUGAAGGAAGUGAAAACAGGUGGCUUGGUUGAAAAACAUGCUAUUGAGGAGUUAAGGAAAAAGAACGUUGCUUUACAACGUGAAGUGUAUGAGCUGAAGGAGUUCAGGAAAAAAAUGCUAGAUGAUGUCAAAUCUAUGAAUGAACUAAGGGACAAGAUCCGUGUGUUGAAGGAGGAGAAGGUUCGGGACAAGAAUGCUCUUGAUGUUCUUACCAUGAGGAACACUGAAGUGGAGGAAGUCGUUAAGAAGACUUUUAAUAUCAUAGAGGGGUUGAAGAAUGAAAAUGGUAAACUGACAGAGACAUUUUUUGAAUCUUUGGAUAGGAGAUAUGGUAAACUCCGUGUCAGUGAUGUGAAAUUGGGAGAGAGUACUAUGCCUUUGAUGAGUGAAGAUCCCUCUAAUUGUGGGAACACUGAAGUGGAGCCCAAUCUUGGAGCUUCUUUCGCUGUGAAAGAUGAAAAGGAUGUUAGUGGCCACGAGCUUGAAAAUGACACUUGGGAGCCUGUUUCUUUACAAAGGGAUGAAGAUACUCAUUACUCUGUUGAUACUGGCACUUGUCAGUCUCGUAAAAAAGGGAACAAGGAGGGUGCUGUAGGUGCAUUAG